UACGUGCCCCUUAUCUGGCCAAAGCAAAGAGAUUUUCCUCUUCAAAUUAUUUAACUUCAUCAACAGUUGAGCAAUUCAAAUUCAGGAAAAGAAAAAAAAGACUCCUUUGGUCAAGAUUCCUUAAAAAAGAAACCGAUAUCUUAUACAAAAACGAUACUUUUUCUCGUAACGAAAGUAACCGAUUUAUCUGCAGUCUCACCUUUUAUUUUUUUUGUGUCUCCAACCAUUUUGGUCCUUGUCAAACAAGUCUCCUUCAUGCAUUCAAGUAACCAACCAACCAACCCAGUCCAGCCCUCAAUGCUGCUGCUGUUGUUGUUGUCGUCGUCUUGAUCGGAGGGUGUCGCAGUCUGUAACUCCUUGCUUUGGCAGCCAUAUUACAUUCCAUAGCACAGGUCAAAACCUGUUCUCUUCCCUUCAAACCAGGGCAAAACCAUAGGCUAGCAGGGGGUACUCAUGUGAGUAUACGUAGAGAAGAACGUAAAAGCAGAAGUCCGUCGUUUCGAAGCAUGUACCUAUGUAGCUCUCGAACGUAGCCACAAUUCAGUCCAAGAGUAGCAAGAGAGGGAGCAUCUUUCACUCCCUCUCCAGAACAUCUUUGGGGCACAUGUAGGGCUAGGAGCUUCUCUGCAUGCACACGUACAAGUAUGUACGUUCGUAAAUUGCGGUAUACUCACAGAGCGCUACCGCUAGAGCUGCUUGGAAUUCCACGGGGAGAUCUAUUGACAAAGGAAGCCUCAAUACUCUAUGAUGAAAUAAAGCCAUUUCCAAUAUGUCGGCAUUCCAACCGGUGAUCCCGUCAACUGGCCCCUCUCUUGACAGCCCGUGGAACAAACAAUCCAUGGGGCAUCGCCAUGAUCUCAGUUCCAUUGGAACCCAAGACAAAACAGGAUCUCAAGAAGUCUCAUGGCAAGUCAAAUCUCGGUUGCUCAAAGCCACGGUGGGCACCAAAGUGUCUCGAGCUCGAAAACAUUUCGUGUGUAAAUUCUGCAAUCGAGAAUUCACCAAGUCGUACAACCUCCUUAUCCAUGAGCGAACUCAUACGGAUGAGCGACCGUAUUCAUGUGAUGUGUGUGGCAAGGCUUUUCGUCGACAAGACCAUUUACGAGAUCAUCGAUACAUCCAUUCCAAGGAGAAGCCCUUUAAAUGUGUGGAAUGCGGGAAGGGCUUUUGUCAAUCGCGGACCUUGGCGGUGCACAAGAUCUUGCACAUGGCUGAAUCGCCACACAAAUGUAGUGUCUGUCAGCGGAGCUUUAAUCAGCGAUCCAAUUUGAAGACUCAUCUGUUGACGCACACUAACCACAAACCGUACGAGUGCAACCAAUGCCGCAAAGUGUUUCGUCGGAAUUGUGACCUCCGACGACAUAAGCUCACGCAUAGCCUUUGUGAUAGCCGUUCAUCCGAUGACCCACCGUCCAUCCCCUCUCCCCGGAUGUCUUCGAAGUCAAGGCUGGACGACUCUCUUAAUUCCUCGGGGGCCUCGAUUCGAACCAUCUCGACGGAUGCGAGUAGCAGUGAAGAGGACUGUGAUAUUGAUGUGACCACGGUGGGAGAUCAAGACACGAAAUUUGCUUUCCUCCCGGGAUUCCAAACAAACUCACCGAAACCACCGAGAAUAGUACCUUCGACGGUCAACACUUCAUCUUCUUUGACGGUCACGUCGCUCUCCGACUAUCUGGCUCACGACAAAUCGGGAACAAUGAGGAGCAUUGUCAACUACCAACAAAACAGUCAAUACGAGCAAUCAAGCUCGCCUUUGAGACUAGCGAAUCGUCAUGAUCAGACUCUUACUCUGGUUUGUCCCUCUACCUCUUUGGUACGUUUGCCGCCACCCUCAUCUCGAAUGGAUCUGGCUCAAUCCACUACAAUGGAGGCGCUGCCUAUGGUUCAAGCCCAACGUCCACCCUCACGACCAUUCUUACCUUCUCCCGUGAGCUUCGGCGCCGGGGGAUUCUCCAUUGAGGAAAUUAUGAGGCGUUGAAUUCAUCAAUAUGAUUGCUCUUGUCCUAUUGUGUUGUCCGAAAUAGAUCCGACUCUUCUGUGCCUCACAAUACUGACUUUGUGGAAAAGAAUUAACUCCAGAUUCCUUUUCAAAUGAGUCACUUCUGUUUGGGACACGGUCCAUCACACUGUGGGGAGCACGGGUGCCAUUCUAGUGGGCGAUCCAUCCGACUCCCCCCCAUCAAAGAGGAAUGCAGUUGAAACCAUUUUCGAAUGACAUUUUUCACGCUCGAUCCAGGGAGUUUCUGAGGGUUUAGAAUAAAUUUAAAAUUCAUGGGAAAAUAACCGCAGACGGAGAUCAUGUGAAUCGGAGCUCAAGUAGAAUCCUCUGGAGACAAGAAAGACGAAGGAAUGCCGCUCAAUGUCUUCAAGGCAAUAAGGAUCAAUCCUCGCGUUGUUUGCCAACUAAGGAUAUGCGAUAACUGAUAGCGAGGAUUUCCAGAUG